AUGACUUCCUCCGAUGUUAUUCUCCUUUUCUACAAGGACUACUACGCCAUGCUGCAAAGCCAGGCAAAUCUGAACCACCCUGAAACUGAUCCUCAUCGGCAAAGGCCCCAGACGCCUGUGAGCAACCUUAUUCGCCGCCAACCAUGCCAACAACGCGCCCCAGCAGUCUUUCUCACGAUGUUCUUCACAACAAUCAUUUUCCAAAUACUGGUGCUGCGCAUCGCGGUCAACGGAGGCGAGCCGAUAUCCUUCACAUUGCAGGCGGCGGCAUGGAUUUACGUGUCGGACGGCAUCAUCCUCUUCUUUGGCUACUUUAUCGAUUGCCGGUUUGCAUUCGACCGCUUCAUCGACGCUGCUAUUGCUGGUCUGGGAUGCGCUUCCUGGAUCGACUUCCCUUCCGACAGCACGUCGACGGAUGACCACCAGGCUGAACCGGCGUGGAUCGUCUCCGUGCGGGCUGUUGUUGACGCUGAAAUCGCGGCUAUGGUGGUUGUUUUCUGGCCGCUGGCGUUCAGCUGGUUGGUCGCGCUGUGGAUUAAUGACGGGGUCGUUUGUUACGAUGUCGAGGAGGAAGAGGACCUGGAGGACCGGGAGGAUUCUGACACGGAGAAACGGGGGUGGUGUAAUGAGUUGACACCUUUGAUUUCUAGAGAGGAGGUAAGGGUUGCGGAUGAUGGGGAGUAUGCCGAGAUUUGUGUCUUUGAGGGCGAGGAUCUGGGGGUUGGUGGUGGACAGGGUGUAGAGGACUACAAUCCAUCAAGAAACUAUAGCAACUUCCGAGACACGCUCAUCACAGGUGUUCCGUAG